GACGUGGACGCUCUGUGGAACCCCUGAGUACCUGGCUCCUGAAGUCAUCCAAAGCAAGGGUCAUGGGAGGGCCGUGGACUGGUGGGCGCUGGGCGUCCUCGUCUUUGAGAUGCUUUCAGGGUUUCCGCCAUUUUUCGAUGACAACCCGUUUGGUAUUUAUCAGAAAAUCCUGGCGGGCAAGAUCGAUUUCCCCAGACACCUGGAUUUCGGGGCCAAGGACCUCAUUAGGAAGCUGCUUGUGGUGGACAGGACGAGGCGCCUGGGGAACAUGAAGAACGGCGCCGAGGACGUGAAACGGCACCGCUGGUUCCGAGGCGUCGACUGGGACGCCGUCCCCCAGAGAAAACUCAAGCCACCAAUCGUGCCCAAGUUGACCGGGGAUGGCGACACCUCCAACUUCGAGACGUACCCCGAAAACGAGUGGGACGAGGCCCCUCCGGUGUCCGAGAAAGAUUUGGAAAUCUUCAAGAACUUCUGAGGACGCAGCCUCACAUCCGGAAGGAACUGCAGCUGUGCACCUGCCCGGCCCCGAGGAGCCGCGUCCUCACGUCCCCGCUUCUGCACAUCCGUGUGGACACGGGGGUUCGCGGAUGCGGGACACUCACGGACCCACCAUCCUCUAAGCAACUGGAAGCCUGCUGCCCUGCCGGAGGUUUUCGAAAGUCAGUUGUGCAUUUUAUUUUACCGCGCAGCCCCGCGCUCCUCCCGCCCGUGCACUCUUGCUUUUGCUCAUAGGUGGACUUUACUCCAAGUGUGAACUGUGCAGGUUUGUUGAUCGACACCGAGUGUGUGCACUGACUUUACUCCAAGUGUGAACUGUGCAGGUUUGUUGAUCGACACCGAGUGUGUGUGUGCGUGUGACCACGUACAAGGACAGACUGUGCAGAGAUGGAAGAUGGGCACUUUUGCAAAGCCUAGGACUGUGUUUUCAUUUCUCAAAAGAAUCUCUCUCGGGGACAAAUCUGUGAGGUCUGAUGCCUGCAUUUUUUUUCUUUUUUGCAAAAAGAAGUCAUUUGAUGCAUAAAGAAACACCACAGGGAGCUCUUCAGGCAAUUUUUAAUAAAAAACACAUUCCCUGGCGCCCACCGGGGGCUCUUAAAUGACACUGCCCGGCCAAGAUGCUGUCAUGGCUGCUUUUGGGGCCGGUUGUGUGCAACGCGCGUCCCCUGGUGAGAAGGCACUCGCUCACCGAGCGUCAAUCGAUGACCAAUAAUCGAUAACCAACAAUCAAUCAGUGAUCAGUAAUCGAUAACC